AUGGCCUCCCGCGACGCCGCUGCCGAAGAUGUCGCCGUCGAGCUCCUGCCGUUCAUCCGCCUCUACAAGAGCGGCCGCGUCGAGCGCCUGAUCGGCAACGACACGGUCCCCGCCUCCCUCGACGACGGGACUUCCACCGGCGGCGUAGCCUCCAAGGACGUCACCGUCGACCCCGCCACCAACCUCUCCGUGCGCCUGUACCUUCCCACGACGGCUGGCGCCGCCGGCGAGAAGUUGCCCAUCGUCGUGUACUUCCACGGCGGCGGGUUCAUGGUCGAAUCGGCCGGCUCCGCCAAGUACCACCGCUACCUCAACGCACUCGUGGCCCGCGCCAGCGCCAGCGCCAUCGCGGUGUCCGUGGACUACCGCCGCGUGCCGGAGCACCGGCUCCCGGCGGCCUACGACGACUCGUGGGCGGCGCUCACGUGGGCCGUCGGCGCCGCCUGCGGCGGCACGGGGUCCGAACCGGAGCCGUGGCUGGCCGAGCACGGGGACCCCUCCCGUGUGUUCCUGGCCGGGGACAGCGCGGGCGCGAACAUCGCCCACAACGUCGCCAUGCGCGCCGCCGCCGCCGCCGAGGGGCUCCCGGCGAUCAGGAUCAGGGGCGUGCUUCUGAUGCACCCGUACUUCUGGGACGCGUCCGACGCCAUGGGGCCCGAGCUGGAGGAGCGCAUCCGCCGCGAGUGGCAGCUCAUGACGGGGCGCCCUGACGCCCGGGUGGACGACCCAUGGCUGUCGCCGACGUCGGCCCGGGCGCCGCCACUCGCGCUGCUGCCGACGCAGCGCGUGCUGGUUGCCGUGGCGGGGGAGGACUUCCUGGCGCCCAAGGGGCGAGCCUACUACACAGCGCUGCUGGACAGCGGCUGGCCAGGCGACGCCGAGCUGGUGGACACUCCGGGCGAGCAGCACGUGUUCUACCUUGACCAGCCCGGGAGGGUGGUCGCUGAGAAGUUGAUGGAUGGUGUGGUGGCUUUCAUUUCUCGGGCUUGA